AUGAAACUUGUCAUCUUCGGAGGAAACGGCAUUUUGACACGUCGGCCAACCUCAGUAUCACCUUUCAUAAGCGGCCCUCCAAACCCGUCGAUACACCCAGUCGCGGAUGCGGAGUCACCAUUGCAGCAAAGUUCAAGGGGAAUGGACCUUUUAUCCCCACCGCCCGACCGGUUACGACCAGAGAUAAGGCGGCGAGACCCGUUGACGUCGUGCCCUUCCAAUAGCCCACUACCGACAUUAAAGGAAAGCAUUCUUCGUGAUGCCGUAACGUUCCAUCGUCUGUCACAGCAGUUCCUUCGCAAAAUUGCUAUGUUGGAUCGCCACCGUCGGCCACGUGGGUCCAUCGAAGAUGAAGUGGAAGUCACUGCCAGCGCCAGUCAGAUUAUCAACGAUCUUCACCAGCUUUGGAAAAGCCGCCCUGUAAUUUUGAACUCCGAUUUCGAGCAACUCAAAGACUCAUUACAACUACAUCUUGCGAAAGAUAUUUCCCGACUACUCUGCGUGAUUCGGGCAUGCUUUUGGUCUAAUUUUUGUUAUUUAUACAGGGCUGCAUGGUGGGACCAUCUAGCACAAGGAGAUGAAAGGUCGGCUGCCGAUAAUACAUGGGCAGCACUUCGUGGAAGUGUCGACCAGCCAAUUGUGAUUUCUGAAAACUUCGUAUCUGACAUUGAUGAUUGGGAUGAGUCGCCUCUCAACAGCACAGCAAUGUGGGCUCUCUUCACAUUCGCGACCGAAUGCGCCGACUCUGUCAAAGUUGCGUGGUGUAUUGCUAAGCUUCGCCAAUUGAGUCUGGUGAAAUCCGACUAUGGACCAGGGGGCGAGCAUGCGAGCAUUCAUGCUGGUAAAGCUGCGCGCCUACUACAAGAAGUAACAGACCAACAAAGAGCAAAGAAUGCUCGGGUCGACGUGCGUUAUAUUUCCCUCGACCUGUUCGGCUUUAUGUUCCCCAUUAUUUAG